CUCUCUGUGGCUGAUCAUCAAAUUUAACUAUGAAGAAGCUCUACCGCAGAGGCGCGGUUCAUCCAUCACCACCAAUCUCAACCAAUCAUCUGUCCUUUCUUCCUGCAACCAUCUUAACCCUUGCGGCUGCUCUUUCCCCCGAAGACAGGGAAGUCUUGGCCUAUCUCAUCUCUUGUUCUAACAAUGAUUUUGGCAACUUUACAAGCCACCGCAAAAACACCCAAAAAAAUCCAACUAAAGGGAGCAUCAGCAGCAGCAGCGAUCAUGAUCAUCCACCUCUUUUUACCUGUGAUUGUUUCAGGUGCUACAUGAGUUACUGGGUCAGGUGGGACUCAUCGCCCAACCGGCAGCUGAUACACGAGGUUAUAGAUGCUUUUGAAGAAGGGUUAGUUCAAAGCAAGAAGUCAAAGAGCAAGAAAGAUAGGAAAAAGAAAGGCGGUGGUGCUGAUGGGUCUGCUGGUUUGAAACGACCCGAUUUGAGCUUACGAAAGGACGACUCAAGUGAGUUGAAAUUGGUGGAAGAGAGUAGCUGUAGCAGUAGUGGUGGUGGUGAAGAUUGUGGGGAUGACGGUGAACAAGGAACAGACAAGGGCUCAGUAAGGAGGAUUGUGAACUUCAUUGGAGAGAGGAUUUGGAAUGUUUGGGGCCAAGGAAUUUAGACGAGAAUCGAGGUAUAGAGGUGGGUUUAACUCCAACCUUUUCCUCUCUAUAAGAGAAAGAAAAAUGAAAAUUUUUAUCUACCUUUUUAAUUAAUUUUCCCUUUUUUUGUAUAUUACGCCCUUUUACAAUGUGAAAAUGGGUAGCUUAAUCUUGAAUCAAUCAUGUUUUUGUUGUUCUUGAAGCAACCUUUUGAUAAAAUUUCCCCAUUUUCUAGCUUAAGCUCUCUCUAUAUAUAAUACAUACCAUUUUCAGAUUAGCUAUAAGCUUAUGAUCAUUGGAAAUGAGGAUAAUAAAAUGAUCUUUUUUUCGACUGUGAAGCAAAUUUAUUUCUUAUAUUCUCUGUACAUGUUUCUGACAUUUUCCUUGUGUUUUCCUCAACUCUUGUUUUUUUUUUUUUUUUUUUGAACUUUUUUUAUGCAUGUAAUGUUUUGGGGAUUGAAAUUGGAUUCUGUUUAGAGAUGGCAAUAUGCUCGAUCUAUCACUCAAUUUAGUGUUCUCUCUGAAGUGCAGAUGCCCGGCAAUCGAUCUCUAUGUUAAUAAUAAUGCCGACCCAAUUCAAAAAGUGAUAAUUAUGAAUGAAUUUUUAUAGACACCUAGAGAUAAGGAUCAUAAGAUAGCUAUUAAUGUUGGUCUUUUCCACUUCAACCAACUGAUAAUUUAGCUCAUAAGAUUAUCUUCAUUUCAGUCUAAUACAGUUACUAUUAAGAUGAGAAAAAAAAUUGUACUAGCUCAAAAAUUAUGAUAUGAUGAUGAUGAUGAUGAUGGAAAUCACUAUUAUUAGUGUAUGCUGUGUAUGAUGAUCCAUACAAUUGAACCUGAAAAGAAAAUAAGGGAAAAAUGGGGAAAUAGCCAAGAAUCAUUGUUCUGCUCGUUUUCUUCCCUUUUAUAUUUCUCCCAGGUGCCAGGGUUAGCAUCUUAUUGCAAGCAUGAAACCCCUGAAGUACUAAAAGUGGGAUCCAUGGUUUCUUAACGAUGGCGUUUGUAUUAAGCUUUGCCCAAUUGCUGGAAAUCCUAGGACAGAAUUGUACUUGCGUAACUGUCCUCGAGGUUGAUUACAUUUGCCCAAAGAAAAGCUAAAAGAACUGGGUAAGGGAGUGGCACUUUUGGUAAUUGAAAAAGAAAGGGCACAAUGGGCAUGCAUGCAUGGAGACUGGAGGCUGCGGAAAAGGCUGAUUGAAAUGAAGGUGUAGAUGUGGUUUGUGAGCAUGAACGAGGUCGGCAAAAGUAAGGCUUCGAUUAAAGCAAAGGCCCCAAAUAAUAUAAUGUAAAGUGCCCCCACUAACGACUCCAGUCCAAAUUCCUUUUCGUUGUUCCCCAAGGCUAUUUAUUCCUUCCAUUAAUGUGAUAAAUCCUGUCCGUCAAAUGUUACUUACUCUUAUUUCUUUUGCCAUAUUAUAUGAUUAUUAUCCUCUUCUUCUUUGCAAGUAUAUCAUUUCUGCACCUUAAAGAUCGAGUCAUGGUUUGUCUCAGAAAACCUAAUUUCCUACUUGUGUAAUGGCAUCUCUGAUAUAUUCUAUGAUUACUAGCCAUCCUUGUACCAAUUUUGUUGAAGAGCAAUUAGUACAUGGUAUAUGGCAUUUAAUAAUUAAUUAAGUUGGAGUUUAGGCCAGAUUGAAAAGUAGAGGGAAUAAGUCAAAUUUCAAAAUGCUUUGGCACCCUAUGGCCAUGUCUUUAUCUCAUCCCUUCCCUUCUCUUCCCUGGAAUAAUGAUACUAUAAUAAAACAUUAAAACACGAGUAGUAUCUUAGCAAAUCGCAUCUGCCUGCUUUGGGUUUGGCCAAUAAAACACAGAAA